AUGAGCAAGAAAAAAAAUCCAGGGUUCAUACUCAAGGUUGAGACAAAUAUUGAACACAAGAUUACUCGAUGUUUUUGGGCUGAUGCAAUCUCUAGGCAAUCGUACAAGUUUUAUGGUGAUGCGGUUAUCUUCGACACUACUUACAACACCAAUCGAUAUUGUAUGAUUUUUGCACCAAUUAUGGGAGUAAACAACCAUGGUCAAACAAUUAUUUUUUCUGGGGCAUUCUUAAGUGACGAGACUACAGACUCCUUCAUUUGGUUGUUUAGAGAAUUUUUGAGGGCUAUGCCAAGUGAUGCUCCGAAAAUUAUUAUUACUGAUCAAGAUCCCGCAAUGACAAAAGCCAUUUCAAAAGCUCUUCCAAACACAUUUCAUAGGUAUUGUAGCUGGCAUAUUUUGAAUAAAUUCUCUGACAAGCCUGCGUGUAUUCUUCACUAUCAACAAUUUAGAGAAUGUGUUUGUGAUUCUGAGAGUAGAGAUGAGUUUGACUUGAGAUGGAAGAUUAUUGUUGAGAACAAUGGGUUAAAUGAAGAUACAUGGUUGCAAUCAAUAUUUAAUAUUCGAUCUAAAUGGGUGCCAGCUUAUGUGAACCACAUUUUCUCAUGUGGAAUGUCUAGUAGUCAACGAGCAGAAAGUGGGCAUGCAUUUUUCAAGAGAUCACACUAA